AUGCUCCAGGAGAAAAGCCUGUCUGAAACCGAGGAAGGGUUUCCAACAGCCCCCGCGCCCGGCCAUGCGGACACCUCCGCCGGCUCCCCCGUCCUCGGCGUAGCCGGGGGGAGCACCACGCCGCUCAGCAGCCCGCAGCUCCCCGACCCCGAGCAGACAAUAGAAAAUAUCAAAGUCUAUCUCCAUGAGAAGGAGCUAUGGAAGAAAUUUCAUGAAGCUGGCACGGAAAUGAUAAUAACCAAAGCAGGCAGGAGGAUGUUUCCCAGUUACAAGGUCAAGGUGACUGGAAUGAACCCCAAGACCAAAUACAUUUUGUUGAUCGACAUCGUCCCGGCCGACGACCACCGGUACAAAUUCUGUGACAACAAAUGGAUGGUGGCCGGGAAGGCCGAGCCAGCCAUGCCAGGCCGGCUGUACGUGCACCCCGACUCCCCCGCCACAGGAGCCCACUGGAUGAGGCAGCUGGUGUCCUUCCAGAAGCUCAAACUCACCAACAACCACCUGGAUCCCUUUGGACACAUCAUCCUUAAUUCAAUGCACAAGUACCAGCCCCGGCUGCACAUCGUGAAGGCGGAUGAGAACAACGCCUUCGGCUCCAAGAACACGGCUUUCUGCACCCACGUCUUCCCUGAGACCUCCUUCAUUUCUGUCACCUCCUACCAGAACCACAAGAUAACCCAGCUGAAAAUUGAAAACAACCCCUUUGCCAAGGGCUUCCGGGGCAGCGACGACAGCGACCUGCGCGUGGCGCGGCUCCAAAGCAAAGAAUAUCCAGUAAUUUCCAAAAGCAUCAUGAGGCAGAGGUUGGUGUCCAGUCACGGGCAGCUGUCAGCAAAGCCAGAUGUUAACCCACUCCAUGGGAAUCACCAGACCCUUCAGCAUUAUCAGUAUGAGAACGGUGCUCACAUGCAGUUUGCAGCUUCGGAUACUCAAGAUCUGCCACUCAACACCUUCACAGCACAGAGAGAUUCAGGGCUCUUCUACCAUUGUCUAAAAAGAAGAGAAAGCGCUCGGCACCUGGACCUGCCCUGCAAACGCUCCUACCUGGACGCCUCGUCCUCGGUGGGGGACGAUCACUAUUUCCGCUCGCCGCCGCCCUACGAGCAGCAGAUGCUGAGCCCGUCCUACUGCGGCGAGGUGGCCCCGAGGGAGGCGUGCAUGUACUCUGGCUCCGGCGCCGACAUCGCCGCCGUCUCGGCCGUGGACGACCUUCCUCCCCCGCCGCCCCCGCUGAGCUGCAACAUGUGGACUUCAGUGGCACCUUACACCAGCUACAGCGUGCAGACCAUGGAGACUGUUCCGUACCAGCCCUUCCCCGCUCACUUCCCCGCCGCGCCCAUGAUGCCGCGGCUGCCGGCCAUGGCCGGGCAGGGCUCGCAGCCGCCGGGGCAGGGCCCGUUCAGCGUCUACAACCAGCUGGGCCAGGCCCCGGGCCGGGAGCGCGGCCCCUCCGCCUUCCCCCGGGAGCGGGUGCACCCGGCCGUGUGCGAGAGGAAAGCGCCCUCUCCUCACCUGAACGCGGCCAACGAGUUCCUGUACUCGCAGAGCUUCUCGCUGGCCAGGGAGUCGUCGCUGCAGUAUCAUUCAGGGAUGGGGACUGUGGAGAACUGGACUGACGGGUGA